AUGGAACUCACUCACUCGACUGGUUUUGCAUCGCUUCGAUGUCCCGCUGACAUCCUCUUCGAGAUCUUCAUUCUUCUCAAGUGCGAGGACUUGCCCCGUAUGAGACCGAAAGACUUUCCGAUGCUCUUGACACACGUAUGCCAUCGCUGGCGUGAAGUCGCUACAUCAUCUCCUCUACUAUGGAAUAGGCUCGAAGUCCGAGUCCCUGAGGACAUCGGAUGCAACCCAUCAUCACGAUCGCAAGCAUUCUUCUUCUUCCAGCAUUGGUUAGAGCGGUCCCGUUCUGCACCGCUCACGAUCUCUCUGACCAGUCCCUCGCGUUUAUACAACUCGCGGGAAGAAGACGUAUCGGAUGCGUUCUGUGGCCUUUAUUUCCAGGCGCUGUUGCAACACUCCGCACGUAUACGCGACCUCAGCAUCCACAUACGCCACACACCCUCUCCCUUUCGACACGGGUCGCCACUCGCAUGUUCAGGCGUUCUUCGCAACUUAACGAUACGCACUGACUCCAUAUGGAGCUCUGCAGACAUAUUACCAUUCUUGUCUGCGGCAUCUUCUCAGACCAUUCGUUCGGUGGCUUUGAUACUCCCAGAACUUGUUCCAACACAAGAUGGGGUGACCCUUUUGCCUUCUACCACGCUCCCCUGGUCAUACUUGACGGACCUCACCAUCGACGAGGGAGUUAUUCACAACGGUCUUCAUUCGCUUGUGAACUGCGGACCGGUCUUGGACGUGUUGGAGCAAUGUCGCAAACUUGUCAAUCUCUCCAUUACUCUUCGCAAAAAUCGUGGCGAUGGUGAUUAUCCCGGGUAUCGUCCUGGGGUCAAUAUGCCACACCUCCGGUCAUUCUCGAUAUCUUGGCUUGAUAGCAAGUCGAGGGGCACGCUCGUAACAUUGCUGGGGAACAUAUCGUGUCCUAUAAUCGACACGUUUAGUGCUCUUAAUAACCACCCUCAUAAUAUCCAUCUCAACGAUGCGAUGGUCCUAGAUUUCCUUACGCGCCAUUCUGCCACCCUGCGGGCUCUCACCAUACCUGGCAUGUACGACUACCGCCUUAUAUUUGGAGCCGUCCCAAACCUAAAAUAUCUCGCUCUCGCGAAUAUCAAUCGUCAGGGGUGGGUAGUGCCUCUGGCCCUAAGCCAAACACCGCCCCUGCUGGAAGAGCUAGUCCUUCUCAAUACGCAUCAGCAGCCCUUGACCAUCGCGCGGCACACUCCCCCAUUUCUCUUCAGCAUCAUUCGUUAUAACCGUCCAGCUUGGCAGAACUUGCGCGUCCUGAGGUUGAACCCUUGUUUUUGGAGGGUUGUGUUAGACGUUCAAGAUGGUCGGCGUGAGCAGAUUAUGGUGAAGACUGUGCUCGAAGACUUUAAGGGGCAGGGGUUGCAGUUAUAUGUCGAAGGGACUCAGUACGAACGUCCUGGGCAAAACAACUGUUAUCCGGAUACGGGAACCACCGUGUCUUUCCGCGUCUUUUGA